GCAAGGAAAGAAAUGGCAAGGCUCUUGAGACACAAUCCAAGAACAUGGCCACGACGGCAGCGACAGGGCCGAAAAGCAAGGGCUGGGUCCCGCCUGGAGGUGCCGAGAACCAGAAUGUUGAUGCCAAGAACCAGAAAGUUGAUGACGAGUACCACCGGAACGCUCUCCUGGUGAUAGCCACGCUGAUCGCUGCCGUGACUUUCCAAGCGGGGGUCAAUCCACCCGGUGGGGUAUGGCAGGAAGGUGGAGAAGGGCCAGAAGGCAACAAUAGAACAGCAAUUGAUCCUCGCAAAGGUGCUAACGCUGAAGCUGGAAAGGCAAUUUAUGCAUCUCAACCUCCAGCGUUCUAUGUGUUCUUGAUCUCCAAUACAAUCGGUCUUUGUACGUCGAUCCUGGUAAUCAUUUCUCUCAUAGACAGACGAAAAAAAUUCCGUUUUUACUACUUUUUUAUAGUAAUAGCGACGGUUGCCAUGUUAGUAACUUAUGCAUCUGCAAUCUCUGCCGUUACUCCAAGUGAUGACUCUGUGAGGUUUCGAUAUGUUUUGACGGCAGGUGCUUUGCCUUUUGUAGUGGGGGGUUUGAUCUGCUUGUUCGAUAUCUAUAAAAAGACUAAAAAAGGGGGAGAUGGUAAUGUCACUGGCACAGUGUAACUACUUUCUCCUUUGUAAUAUAUAUCUCCUUUGUAAUGUUGAAGGGUGUGGUGUAUGUAUGUUGUGGUCAGUUUGGGACUUAGAGCUCUGUUUUGAGUGGCUAUAUAUGUUAGAGUUUGUGUUGUGUUUGGGACAUGUUGUUAAGCUGGGAAAUUAUGAUGGUUUGUACGGUGUUUGAGUACCACUUGUAAUAUAAUUAAUAAACUACUUUAUGUUAA